AUGUUGUCACUUAAACUUCCACAUUUACGUCCAUUAGGCGCACGUUGCUUCGCACUAGCGCAACAUAUAGACGACUCGACCUUUUCUUCCUUUUCAUUAAAACUAUCAGACGAUCAGCGUGAGUUUCAACAACUUGCACGUAAAUUUGCACGUGAUGAAAUGAUCCCAAAGGAAAAACAUUACGAUCAAAGUAUGGAAUAUCCCCAUGAGAUCUUUACAAAGGCAUGGGAGCUUGGACUUGUGAAUACGCACGUUCCUGAGAAGUUUGGAGGCCUCGGACUCGGGUCAUUAGAUGGCUGUAUUAUUGGUGAAGAACUAGCUUAUGGCUGUACUGGGAUGGCUACAGCAAUGGAAGCUAAUGGACUAGCAACAGCGCCACUAUUAGUAGCUGCUACGGACGAGCAGAACAAGAAAUAUCUUGGUCGUCUUGUUGACGAGCCAGUGCAAGCUGCUUAUUGUGUUACGGAACCAGGUGCUGGCUCUGAUGUCGCUGCUGCAAAGACAACAGCUGUAAAAAAGGGAGAUAAGUGGGUUCUUAAUGGUUCCAAGAUGUGGAUUACGAAUGGUGGUGUAGCCAAAUGGUUCUUUGUCUUGGCCAAGACUGACUCGAAAGCGAAUGCUGGCUCGGCUUUUACAGGAUUUAUCGUUGAUGCAGACAGUCCAGGGAUUACUGUCGGUCGUAAGGAGAUCAAUAUUGGACAACGUUGCUCGGAUACUCGCGGUAUUACCUUUGAAGACGUGGUAGUACCAGAAGAAAAUGUACUGGGGGACCCUGGCUAUGGGUUUAAAAUUGCGAUGCAGGCUUUUGACAUCACACGGCCGCCUGUGGCUAUCGGUGCCGUUGGAUUAGCACGUCGAGCUUUUGAUGAAGCUCGGAAGUACGCUUUGGAACGGAAGACUAUGGGUACACCUAUUGCAAUGCACCAGGCUAUCCAGUUUAUGUUGGCUGACAUGGCUACGGGCAUUGAGGCAAGCCGUCUGCUUACGUACAAGGCCGCAUACGAGAUAGACUGUGGCCGCAAGAACACAAUGUAUGCUUCGAUGGCUAAGCGCUUUGCUGGUGACCAUGCUAACAAGGUAGCGACGGACGCUAUUCAGAUCUUUGGUGGCGCUGGGUUCAAUACGGAGUAUCCGGUCGAGAAGCUUUUCCGUGAUGCCAAGAUCUACCAGAUCUACGAAGGCACGUCGCAGAUUCAACGCAUGAUCAUCGCUAAGGAGAUGUUUUCACGUGAGUCGAUGGAUCCGUAA